AUAUUUUGGUUUAUUUCAUUUCAAAACUGAACGAUGAAGGUGCUACUAGAAAUUUUGCUUCUAACUGUGUUUUUAGCAAGUUCCUUAGGAGAUGAAGAUAAAGACGCGAGAAUCAUACAUUUGCCACAAGGUCCAGUAAGGGGUUACAAAGAAGGUCUAGGAACAUUUUCUUUCUAUCACAUACCGUAUGCUACUGCACCAACAGGAGACGAUAAAUUUAAGGCUCCUCUGCCACCUCCAACAUGGACUGAACCAUUAGAAGCUGUGCGCAAAGGAAGUGAUAUAGUAUGCCCACAACUUAAAAUGGACUUUUUUGAAAUAAGAAAUAUGACCCAGCAAGAGGAUUGUCUCAUUGUUAAUGUAUUCGCUCCUGAAAGUCAAGAAGACAAUUUACCUGUUGUUGUCCACUUUCACGGCGGUUACCUUAUGGGGUAUGGCAAUAUUGUUGAAGUCAAAAAUUUUGUAGCAACCAGAAAACAUAUAGCAGUCACAUUUAAUUUUCGUGUUGGAAUACAUGGCUUCCUCUGUCUUGGAACAGAAAAUAUACCGGGUAAUGCUGGCAUCAAAGAUCAAAUAGCUUUACUUCGGUGGGUGAGAAAAAACAUAGCCUAUUUCGGAGGUAAUCCAGAUGACGUAACAAUAAGUGGAGCUAGCGCCGGGGCUAUGCUAGUAGACUUGAUCCAAUUAGUACCAGCAGCCAGAGGUCUCUAUACCAAAGUUAUUGCUGAGAGUGGCAGCAGUCUCACACCGACGACCGUGCAAGUAGAUCCACUCGCUAAGGCAAAAUCCUAUGCAAAACAUUUCAAUAUUGAAACUGACGAUGUAUAUGAUUUAGAAAAGUUUUAUUUAAGUGCUUCAUAUGAUUUACUUACUUCGCAUUCAAGUCAGUUUUUCUUCACAGCCGAUUCUGACAUAGGUUUCACAGCCUGUGUAGAACGCCCCACUGGAGAUGAAAUGAUGCUAGAUGAUGCACCUUACAACAUUUUAAAAAGUGGAAACUUUGAAACGGUUCCAAUUUUAACCGGUUACGCUAAUUUAGAUAGUUUGAAUCGUGCAGUUUUGUUUGAUGAUUUUUCCCAAAAGAUGAAUAAUAAUUUUGCUGAUGUUCUACCAUUCGAUUUAGAAUUUGAUAGUGAAGAAGAAAGAGAUAAAGUAGCAAAACUUGUAAAGGAAGAAUAUUUCGGAGAAGGAGUAAUAACUGAAAAUAAAAUCGAAGCAUUCAUUGAUUACUAUACCGAAACCGUGAUGGCAUAUCCAACUGCCAGGUCUCUAAGGCUGCAGCACUUAGCCGGCAAUCAAGAAAUAUAUUUGUAUGAAUAUUCUUUUGAGCACGAUGAACCUUUAAUGACAUUCAAUUUCACAACCCCAAAAGGUGCGGGUCAUUGUUAUCAAUCCAGAGCUAUUUGGGAUGAAGAUAAAGACGAUUUAGGAGAAAGUCAUUUGUCUGAAGAUUAUAUGAAUAUGAAGAACAUUAUGAGAGACCUGUGGUUUAAUUUCAUAACUAGCGGACAACCAGUACCAGAGAAUUCAAAGCUGCCCGAAUGGCCAGCAAUGAAGGAGAAUUGGUCCCCGCAUAUGUCCCUGGGGAGUCCCAUAGAACUUCGCGGCUCGCUACGGUUGCAACGCGUGCAGUUCUGGGACCGAAUUUAUGAGAAGUACUACCGUGUGCCUGUCCCCCCACCAGCGCCGCUGAGAAGACGAUCUGAUUUGUAGAUUAUUCAAUAACUUAAGCAUUAUACUGUAUCAUUCUAGUGGAUGCAGAGACUCUAAGAGACCGUGAUGAUUCAAAACUUUGAUACUUUCAUCAGUUGUUAUUGUAUAUAUGUAGUAGUUUUUUCACUUGUUUUUUAAUUAAGAGGUAAGAGGUUAUGUAGUUGAUUAAAUUCUGUCUCUCUCUC